AUGGGGUUCUGUCGAAUCUUGCUGCCGACGCACUCACUGCACUUCAGCACAGAGGAACUGAAUCCGCCGGACUUGUUGGUUCAGAUGGUUUUGAUCGAGGCCAUCUGGAUAUUGUCAAAGGACAAGGACUUGCACGGGAUGUCUUUUGUGGAAGAGAAACUGAGCAAGCUGAACGGGUCAAGAAUUAUUAUCGGUCACAAUCGCUACUCGACGGCCGGCAAAAAGCGGUGGGCGAUCAACUGUGUGCAGCCAUUUGUAGUCUACACUGCGAUCGGAACCGUAGCUAUAGCACAUAACGGAGAGCUAGUGGAUGUGAAGAAGAAGAGAAAAGAGGUGCUUCACGAAGGCGUUGGUCUGUCCACUGACACGGAUUCAGAGUUGAUUGCACAAAUGGUAGCGAAGGCUAUCGCUCUCAACUACAAAUGUCGCUCAGGUCUUGAUUGGGGUGACAUUUCAAAGGAGCUCGCGGUAACGAUGUCGUCGCUCAACAUGUCCUACUCGUUAGUAGUGAUGACUUACGAUCGUCUAUAUGCCAUACGGGAUCCUUAUGGCAAUCGCCCUUUAUGUGUCGGAACAAUUUACGAUACCAAACAGUGUCCCUCCGUUCCGCUGGCUUAUAUUGCAGCUUCUGAGACUUGCGCUCUUCCGAGCUUUGGUAAGCUGAACUUCGAAGUGCAGCCCGGUGAGAUCGUAGAAUUAUCCCGAAAGGGCAUACGCUCUGUAUAUCAGGUACACCCACUCAGUUGCUUUCGUUACGUUUUACCUUUUAUCCGCGGCCGUCUAUGGGUGGAUGAACCAGAAUGA